CAUUUGGACCCAGACUCCGGAUUGGGAACAGUCUUAUAGCUGAAUCAGCUACCAAGAGAAGUUCUAAAGCAAGAAGAGAAAAGCACUUCAAUUUGGGACAUUUAUUUGCACCUGGAAAUGGGGAAUGGGCUAUCAGACCAGACUUCUAUCCUGUCCAACCUGCCUUCAUUUCAGUCCUUCCACAUUGUUAUUCUGGGUUUGGACUGUGCUGGAAAGACAACUGUCUUAUACAGGCUGCAGUUCAAUGAAUUUGUAAAUACCGUACCUACCAAAGGACUUAACACUGAGAAAAUUAAGGUAACCUUGGGAAAUUCUAAAACAGUCACGUUUCACUUCUGGGAUGUAGGUGGUCAGGAGAAGUUAAGGCCACUGUGGAAGUCAUAUACCAGAUGCACAGAUGGCAUUGUAUUUGUUGUGGACUCUGUUGAUGUCAAAAGGAUGGAGGAAGCCAAAACUGAACUUCACAAAAUAACUAGGAUAUCAGAAAAUCAAGGAGUCCCUGUACUUAUAGUUGCUAACAAACAAGACUUGAGGAACUCAUUGUCUCUUUCAGAAAUUGAGAAAUUGUUAGCAAUGGGUGAACUGAGCUCAUCCACUCCUUGGCAUUUGCAGCCUACCUGUGCAAUCAUAGGAGAUGGCCUAAAGGAAGGACUUGAGAAACUACCUGAUAUGAUCAUUAAAAGAAGAAAAAUGUUGUGGCAACAGAAAAAGAAAAGAUGAAAAUCAAUACCUAUUAUAUCUGUGUGGAGUAGGUUUUCUCUGGUCAGAUUUUGACAAAUAGAAGAGUGUCUACAACCUGGUUUGCCUGUCUGCCCUCCUGGAUGCUAUUAAAGCUUUGUUUUGUUGAACAA